UGUCCUAUUGUUGUGAGACUAUCAUUAUGCCUUCUGUGCCACCUGACUCAGAGUCCUCAUCCUGCCCGCACUUGGCAGACAAUCGUGUGACCAAUGGAAGUGGCGCAGACAGGAAAUGGAUACGUCCUGACCUUCCUAGCAGAUGCACCUGGAAACUGGGGACACCACAGUCAGAGUCACCGCAUCACCAUAUGCCCCUCAAUCACAACCCCAAGAUCCUUUCCAGCAUCCUGCAGAAGAUUGGAGACACACCCCUUGUGCGCAUUAAUCAAAUCGGAAAGCGCUAUGGUCUGACGUGUGAGCUCUUGGCUAAAUGUGAGUACUUCAACGCGGGGGGAAGUGUGAAGGAUCGUAUUAGUCUGCGCAUGGUGGAAGAUGCUGAGCGUGAUGGGGUGCUGCAGCCUGGGGACACCAUUAUAGAGCCAACGUCUGGUAACACAGGUAUCGGCCUGGCGCUGGCUGCUGCAGUUAAGGGCUAUCGCUGCAUCAUUGUCAUGCCGGAGAAGAUGAGCAUGGAAAAGGUGGACGUGCUUCGUGCUUUGGGUGCAGAGAUUGUUCGGACACCGACUAAUGCUCGAUUUGACUCACCAGAAUCCCAUGUGGGAGUUGCUUGGAGGCUGAAGAAUGAGAUCCCCAAUUCUCACAUCCUUGACCAGGAAAGUUGGACAUGUUGGUGACUGGAGCAGGAACCGGAGGAACAAUUACCGGAUUAGCACGAAAACUGAAAGAGAAAUGUCCUCAAUGCAAGGUGAUCGCGGUCGACCCAGAAGGAUCCAUAUUGGCUGAGCCAGAGGAACUGAAUCAGACUGACAAAACUGGAUAUGAGGUUGAAGGGAUUGGAUACGACUUCAUUCCAACCGUGCUUGACCGAUCGGUGGUUGACGAGUGGUAUAAAUCCAACGAUGAGGAGUCCUUUGUCAUGGCGCGCGCCCUGAUACGCGAGGAGGGUCUGCUGUGCGGAGGAAGCUCUGGCAGUGCUAUGUCUAUUGCAGUGAAGGCGGCGCAGGAGCUAAAGGAGGGACAGAGAUGUGUGGUCAUCUUGCCUGACUCUGUGCGGAAUUACAUGUCUAAGUUCCUCAGUGACAAAUGGAUGACACAGAAGCAUUUCCUUAAGGGUGACGACCUGGAAGGCAGAAAACCCUGGUGGUGGAACGUGAAGGUCUCGUCCCUGUCACUCUCAGCUCCUCUAACGGUUUUACCGACUGUGAGCUGUGAUAGAACCAUCCAGCUUCUUCGUGAGAAAGGAUUUGAUCAGGUGCCCAUCGUGUCUGAGGCCGGGUUGGUAUUAGGAAUGGUAACAUUGGGUAACAUGUUAUCAUCGGUUCUGGCUGGAAAAGUGAAGCAAUCAGACCCUGUAACUAAAGUUAUCUACAAACAGUUUACUGAGGUAAGAACCAAAUGCUUCCAUGUUGUGUUUAUAGACUGUGGUAAUAAGUAGUGAGGUGUGUGAUUU